UCGUUCACUGCCCUGUGUGGCGUGCUCACUGCUGCUUUCUUUGGUAAUGAAUAUCAGAACUCUAAGUUAUUGUGUAACAGAAAAAUCUAUUAGAGUUGGCUAGUUAUUACUAGUCUCUUUGUGAAAGCGUUGAUUAUUUCCAUAGACAUUAUGCCAUUGAUACAGGUGAAGAUAGUGAGGAGGACUCUUGUAUUGUACAAGCUUUGGCUCGAGGUCUUUAUUUGCUAUGUUCUUCUCCCUCCAGUUUUAAGCCAUCUUGUUGUUGAAAGUGUGACAGGAGGACUCGCUGAAUUGCCUUGUAACUUCUCUUCAUUAAAUCAGGAAAAAGUAUCAAUUAUAUUAUGGUAUAAAGAUAACGUUACAAAACCGAUUUAUAUCUUAGACGCAAGAAACGGCAUCACAAAUAUGCCUAAGCACAUCCCAGGUGGAACAUUAAGCAACAGGUCCUAUUAUAAUGUCUCUGUCUACCCGUCCAUCCUUCAAAUAUGGGAGAUCAAAGAAGAAGAUGUAGGAAGGUAUAAGUGUAGAGUUGAUUACAAGCAUGAACCAACAGAGUAUUUCUUCGCUUUUCUCCAAGUAUUUGUUCUUCCUAGAGAAACCAUUAUAAUGGACACAUAUGGACAAAGGCUUAAAGAUUUGAUUGGACCCUACAAGGAAGAUACGUCAUUACUACUGAUUUGCGAGGCUGAUGGGGGAAUUCCUCCUCCUGCUCUAACUUGGUGGAAGGGAGAUUGCCUGCUCCAGGCCAACUAUACUCUAACGCCACAAGGAUUUCCAAGAAACGAGAUCCUAUUGCAUCAAUUUCGCCGUGAAGACCUUUUCAUUUCUCUAACCUGCAAAGCUUCCAAUACUAAUCUCACUUCUCCAAUAUCGAGUACAGUGACUGUGGAUCUCUACUUGAAGCCCUUAGACGUCAGUAUCAGCACUAUUAACAAACCUUUAACAGCAAACCGACCAGCAGAACUCGUGUGUGAAACCUGGGGAGCUAAACCACCAGCUCAAGUAACUUGGUGGAAGGGGAGAAAACGUCUUACUACCGUAACAGACGUUGUGUCUCCUGACGGGAACCACACAGUUAGUACUGUAUCCUUCAUCCCUAGAAUUGAAGAUAACGGAAAAAACGUAACUUGUAGAGCUGAAAACUUACUUCUGGAAGAAAGCGUCAUAGUGGACAUGUGGGAACUUUUGGUUUACUAUACUCCACAAGUGUGGAUUAAAUUUCGAUCUCAGCGUAAUGAAAACGUCGUAGCGGAAGGAGAUGACGUUCACUUUGAUUGUUUUGUGGAAGCUAAUCCACCCGUAGUUAACGUGUGGUGGCAUUUUAAUGGUUCCACGUUAUCAUCAGACCUGAAAACUGACAUCACUGUAAAUAAUCAAUCACUUGUGGUUAGGAAUGUCCAACGUCAUCACAGUGGGAAAUACCAAUGUGGAGCCGCAAAUCAGGAAGGGGAACGUUGGAGUGAAGAAAAGCUGCUUGUUGUUUAUUAUCUACCAACAUGCAAAGAACCUCAUGUGAAAAUGAUUGCAGUAUUACCUGGUUCACAGACGAAUGUUACGUGUGACGUGAACUCAACACCACAGGAUGUCAAAUUUCACUGGACCCUUAAUAAUACAUUGGGUAUAACGUCCAUGAAAACCUCUGUAAGUCACCAUACGACAAGUGUUACCACUCUAUCGCUUCGGGAAAAUAGUGAAUAUGGAAUGCUCUUUUGUUGGGCAGAAAAUCAGGUGGGACGUCAAAGAAUUCCGUGCAAGUACAAAAUCUAUCCUGGAGGUCUUCCAGAAUCGCUCACUAACUGUGCCAUCAUCAAUAAAACAAAAGAAACACUUGCUGUUCGUUGCUUAGAAGGAUUCGAUGGAGGGUUAUCACAGCACUUUCAGAUUGAAGUACUCACCGAAGAAAAAGAACAACUUUUAACAAAUAUUUCUUCUCCAGACGUUCCUUUUUUCUUCAUUUCUUCACUGCCUUCAGGGUCAACAUUUAUACUCGUCAUUUAUGCCGUAAAUUCUCUAGGGAGAAGCCCAUUAGUUACUCUUCGAGCUACUACUCUGGGUGAACAACCGAUGUUAAAAGAAAACGCUAUCGUAAUGGAAACAGUCCAACUUCCUCUAAUAAUGGGCAUUAUAUUCGGAGUUUUGAUUGUUUUAAUCAUCCUCAUUCUUACUAAAGUCCUUCUGAAACGUUAUCGUUCUCAACAACUAGAAUAUCGAGACGCCAAAGGAACGGAGAGAACAGAAAAAAAACUUCAUUCUUUGGUAGAUGACGAAUCUCCUAAGCAUGAUGCUCAGAUUCUUGAUCUUAUUUCAACAAAACAUGAUUUUUCAGGACCUCCCGAUGUUACACACAUAAGUUCAAGCUGGACACGCUCAUUAGUAGUGGAAUUCCAUCCCGGGAAUUUUUCAGAGGAGGUUAUCCUAAGGAUGGAUAGAAAACCGCUGUUCACUCCAUCAAAAACUAUUCGAUGGAGGGAAGACGAAAUACUGAGAAGAGAGGGGAUAAGUGCUGAGGGUGUGGCAUCAAUUUUUGCAGUUAAUGAAAACUCUGACUUCCUAGAUGAAAAAGAAAAGUGUGAUCUAAAGGAAGUCGAGAUGUCAUCUCUACCAAAGAUUGAAGAUGAUGGAAAUGGAACUACAGUAAAAACUCCUCUGACAAGUGACCUUCAAAACACAAAUCAAAGGCCACCACAGUCUUCAGUGGAACACCUUAUUCUUUCCACUGCUGUAUGAGACACUUUUGUGUUCAACUGUUUCAUACAUGAACUGCGUUCAAGCAAAAUGAGCUAGUGCCUUGAGAAUACGUACAAAGCAAAGAAAAACGUUUAUUUAAUGGUACUAUGAGGAUUGUGUGGCUAUUUAGUGUUACAACCCAAGGAUACAGACAUCAGUGUUAUAGCACGCUAUGUCAUAUGUCCUGAUGUACAUAUAGGUGUUGUUUUACAAGAUUGUUCUUCAGAUAGAAAAGGGCAUGAGCAUGAAGAAAAUGUAAUCGUAAUAGCUGUGAAGGUCAAAGAUAAAUUGUGCUUAUUUCUUUCGCUUUUCUUAUGAGAAGACCUUUAAAAAAUAUAAUUAUACAUUAGGCAUGAUUUAGUAAUUCCAUAAAAAAAAAUAUGAUCGUUUAAACAUAGAUAAAGAAAUAGAUUUACCAAGCAUCAAUGUACAAGGAGCACCCACGUUUUAACGUGUAACAUAUACCAAAAAAAGCAUGUUCACAGAGCCAACCUUCAGGCAAGACGAGCAAGGCCUAAAACCUUUCGUUCUGGGAACCAGCAUAGAUAUUUUUAUGAAUAAUUUCUAAAGACGAAGUUGUGAAACCCCAAGUCCAUACGUUUGACGAAUUAACCAACGUAUCGUGUACAUCGUUCAGUGCAGUUGUGUAAUUUCUACCGUUAAAAGUGAUUCCAUACACCGAUAAACUCGUUCAAAAUGUAUUAUGUACAGGUGUUUUGAACUUUUUAUAAAUGAUGUAUUACCACAGUCUAUAUAAAUAAAGUAAUAAUAUCCA